AUGUUCAGCAACCAUGGGGCAUCAUUACCCGAGCAUAUAGCCGACGGUGACUUGGACGGAGACUACUACUUUAUCAUAUGGGAUAACGAUAUACUCGAUGAGAUAUCUCUCCAAGCGUAUGUACUACCUACGGAAGCCAAGCCACUACCUCCCCACAAACUUAAAAACGAUCCCCUAGACGUGAGUGACCUAGGAGAUGACUGGUUUAAGGAAGGCCAGAGGUUCCUGAAAGACCCUGAACGCAUGACGGAGAAGAGGGAUAUAUCUGUGCUGUAUGGACUGUGGAAGGAUUGUGCAGAACUGUAUGGUUUGGACCACAGAGACUCACGUGGUUUUGAGGCGGCUUUUGUUCAGGCCAUCGAUCAAGGGAAGCAUGGGGAUGAAAUUGAGCUAGACGAUGAUUUACGUGCACGGUUCCUGGCGAAAAAGGGGAGUAAGUAG